UUCACCUCCGCCGUCCCCACCACAUGCAACCCACGAACAACCAAACAAUCCACGAACAACCAAACAAUCCACGACCUCCAUGCCGUGGAACCCGCGUGGAGCCUCGACGUCAUAACGACUUGGCUGCUACACAGACGCCGACGACGUGUGACGUAGUUACCAUUACUGCUUCUUCCUCACCCGUCGCGGAGCGUAUGGAGGAGGAGGAAGAAGGCGCACGCUCUUUUCCACGCAUACAAGCGACGAAGAGUCCCGCCACUUGCCGAAAAGUUGUUACCCAAGCCUGCAAAGGUGGCCCUUGA